UUUGGCUUCUGUCUGAUAUAUAACCUGCUCUCCUCUCCUCCCUCAGAUGAUGCAAAGCCUGCAGCCUCCAGCGGCUGCUCCUCUCGCAGCGCUAGUCGCAGGAAGAGAACCAGUUUCUCCAAGGAACAUGUGGAGCUCCUACGUGCCACCUUUGAAACUGACCCGUACCCAGGCAUCAGCCUCAGAGAGAGCCUCUCCCAGACCACAGGCCUGCCAGAGUCACGCAUCCAGGUGUGGUUUCAGAACAGAAGAGCUCGCACCCUGAAGUGCAAAGGAACUAAGAAAGCCCUGUGGCAGUCUGACAGUCCAGUCCGUGAUGCACUCCCUCUACAUCAUGGUAUUGCCAGCAGGGGGCCCCAGGUUGGCCCUAUCCCCCUGCCACCUCAGGGACCUCCCCCAGCCUACCCAACCCAGGUGAAGGAGGAGAUAGAAGAAGCCUGCUACUAUGGACAAUGUCCUCCAGCGUACUCCACAAUUGAGGAGCAUGGACAUUACGGCCCCAUGCAUGGGGUCCAGCAGGGCCGGCUCCAUGCAGGCUUCAGCAGCAGCUCGAGCCCCCACCCAAGGGGCUACUGGUCCCAUGCAGGCAGCCAAACCCCACCAGUCACUCCACUGUGGUGCCACUCUCCCCUGGAGAUGAGAAGCUCAAGCCAAGCACCGAGCUUCAUGUAUCCAGGAUCAGCAGAGCAGCAGCUGUACAUGACCUCCUCCACAUCACACUCCUCCACCCCUGACACUCCAGAUUCUGGAUACUGGGAUGUCAGCCUGGAAAACAGCCCAGGUCAGUACUCACAGCUGGAAGAUUCGUGGAGUGGGGUUUCUUUGGAAGGCUACAGGGAAUCCAGACAUCUGGAAGUGGUCCAGCUUGCCCCCCUGCCUGAGCUGUCUCUGCAGGAGAUUCUAGGAGAGUUGGAUGAGGACUGGCUGGGAGGAGGAGGAGGAGGACUGGACAUCCAUACCACAGAUGAGAAAAUGGCUUUCUGUUAAUGACUCCGUUACAAGGAUUUUCUGUGGACACUUUGAAAUCAUGUGUAUUAUUUUGAUUUUAGUCAUUUGAUUACGCUGUGCUGAAUUAAUGGACCAUCAAUUACCUUUUACUCAACUACCAAUCACUACAGGUUGUAUGAGUUUAUGUAUUUAUUCAUCUAUUCUCUAUUUAUGAUUUUUCUGCACUUUUAUAUAUAACAAAAAAAAA